AAGGGCUUUUCUCGUGCAUGAGAGAAUCUGAUUGUGCUGUAGUAAGUGGGUGUGUCACUCAACAUAUAAAUACGACGCGUGACUUCAUUUUGACGUAAACUAGUCAGGGAACCUCAUCACCAUCUGUCCUCGUAACUGUUAUCGGUCGUUGGAAAUGAAGGAAAUAUCUCUUCGUGGGACUUUCGCGCUCCUGCUGUUCCUCGCGUGUCUUUCACAGCUCAUCUUUACUGCUGAUAGCAUUAGGGGAGAGAAAGGGAAAGGAAAGAAACAAGAGCAUCGAGGUGAUGAAAACGUUGCUGUAUUCAAAGGAAAGUUCACAACUAAGGACAAGGCGCGGUGCUCGUGGUUGGCGCGCGGAGAGGACAAGUUCACCAUGAAUGUUACAUGUAAGCCUGGAAAAGGGGAUGGAUUCACCUGUAAAUACACUGCCAAGCCUUCGACGUGCACCGAAUAUGGGUCUAAUUCAGAGGGCUACUGGAAACAGAUCGCCAGAUCACUUAAAAAGCAGAAGAAACUUUGCAAGGAUCCUCGCGCACUUAUCCGGGCGGGCAUGUGUAAGCGCGCGCCACUGGAUGCGCAUUUCAAACUCGCCGAAACAUCACAAGCAAAACCCGCCAAGACAGAAAAGACACCUAUAACCACGAACACAACGCUUCCGGGCAAUAAGCGCCAGUGCACGGAACGCACUGACCACAGUGAGAUCGCCAAAGAGAAGUGUGGAGAUUCCUGGGCGAGUUUUUGCGCGUUUCUCUUUACUAUGAUACAGAGCGGAGACUGCUGAGAGCGCGCGCUUUUACUGACAGCCCCCGGUGUGUGUAUGUGUGUAUGUAUAGGUACUUUUGUUAUAGGCUACUGCUGAUAUUCAAGUUUUUUUUUUUUAAGAUGUAAAACAUGCUUUUUUAUUGUAAACACAGAAAAAUGCACUGUCUACUGAUUCUGACAAUGGCGCAUGGGUCAAGAUACCUCCUGGCGGUUCCACCACUUUUAGUUUUUGCCUUGACCACAGUGACACUAAAUGUAUUGUCUGAAAGAUACCGUUUUUAAUGCUGACAUUUAAUCUAAACGAAUCAUAAUGAUGUGUGUAUUUAUAUUAGAUAUUAAAAGUUGUUAUUUAUAUUUAUUAAAUGGGAAUUUGGUAUGAGUACAUUUGUGAGAAGAAAACUUUGUUUGGUUACACUAUAUUUUGAUGGUCCCCUUUAGAUAUUCUGUUGACACAUAACGCUGCACCUACAUAUCAACUAACUCUCAUUAGAGUGUUAGUUUGAGUCAGUAGAAUGUCUUUUGGGGGUCCAAGGUUUAGCAGAUAUUAAGCAGACAUACUAUACUCUAAUGAGAGUUAGUUGUCAUUUGGGUACAAAGUCAAAAGAAUGUCUAAAGGGGACCAUCAAAAUAAUGUUAUUUUUUUUAUUUUGAGGUGAAAAGUUUAAUGACCCCCUCAGUGGUGUAACACCCCCAGUGGCAUUUCAUUGCUGGUAUUAAUUUCAUGAUUAACAUAAAUAAGAUAUUUUAUAUAAUUCCAUGAAUUUACAUUUAACAAGGGGCAGAUUGUACCCUAACAUAAUUUUGUGCUUUAAUAAUAAUAAUUUGGAUCAUCCUUCAUCAUCAACAUCAUCAUCAUCUUGUACUUAUAUCCAAAUAUGGUACACUCUUAAAUGUUUAUUUUUUUCAUUCAACUUCAUUCCACCCAUUGUAUUGCAUUGUACUCUAUUUAUUACAUGCAAAAUAAACGUGUUGAGAGAUACCCCA